AUUUCCUUCUCAUCAAAUCCAACUCAUGCACGGCGCGACACUGCUGAGCUACUCACGGGCACCUCCUACACAUUUGUGCUAGGAGAAGAUGGAUGGAUAAUGGGACCCAAUCAUCGGCUCUUAUUCUGGGUACCACCGGCUUCUCGAGAUCCAUUUUAUACUCCUCCGACUGCAUUAGUGAUACCCAAAGGUGGUGUUGAGCUUGAUUUGAGUCGUAUGGCACAUGGUACACACUGGCAGGACUGCUAC